AUGCCCCCCGCUCGGUGUCAACCCUGUGGCACCAAGUGGGUGGUGUUUGGUGGAGGGCUUUGCCAGGUGUGCAGGACCCUUGACCGCCUGAGUGCGGUGAUCCGAGGCCCUGAAGUACCUGCAGAAGCUGAGCAGGUCUUACUUCAGCGGCUGCGGGCUUGGCUGGGGGAAGCUCAGGAUCUAGGGGAAGUCGCCCGUGGGGUCGCCCCCAAUCCCCUUCAGCUUCGAGCCGGGGGAGUGGUUGAGGACCCUCCUGAGGGAGUGGGGCGUGAGGAGCCGCCCACUCCUGGGGUCACCGCCAAGGCGCCACCUGCGCCUCCACCCCCACCGCCUGUGCCAGGGGCUGGUGGGAGUGACCUAGGACGCCAGCGCACAGAGCUGGUAAAACGGGAAGUAGAGGAUCCUCCUAGGGUUGAGGCUGCAUCGUCAUCGUCCAGGGUCGCCAAGAAGGAGAAGAAGUCCAAGAAGCCGAGACGCAGGAGCUCUUCAUCACACCGAGGUGGACGCAAGGAGGCCAGAAGAUCCCGAAGUGGCCGCAGUAGGCCCAGAGCGGCGCGGAGUCCUUUGGCCAGUCCAGUGAGGCCUGCUGGGGUCACUCGAUCUGACUCAGAAGAACGUGCCAGCCGCCGAGAAAAGAAGGCUAGACCUGUGAGCCCAAGAAGUCCAUCUCGUCCACCGCAACGCCAUCGACAGUCAGCGCCUCCUAGUCAAAGGCCCUUGGGGAGGUUCUGGCAAGGGGCCAUUCCAGCUAGGUGUUACCAAGAGGAAGAGGCGAGAGGAGUUUCAAAGGCGGAACCGCCGCCAUUGGGGAAGGCGUUGAUGCCUCCUCGGAGGAGGCCUGCUGCGGCUCUUCCUGUGGGGCGAGCUAGAACCCGCAGCCUGAAGCGUCCAGCAAGGGAUCUAGACAGUGAGGAGCAGCCUGAGGAAGUCUUCAACGCCUGGGACGUCACCUUAGAGCAAUGCCGGGCCAUGGAAGAUGUGGAGGUCGUGACGGGCAGUUACUGGGAGGCCUCAGCCAGGGCAGUAGUCCGAGUACAAGAGGUCAGCCUCCGCAAGGGGGAGUUGUACUUGAAAGGGCCUGUCCUGGGCACGCAGAGCGAGCAGCUGUUGAGAGCGGCUUCAGAGCGGGAGCGCCAUGUGGUGGAGGUGCAUCUCUGCCCCCAGGAGCGGCGUCCCGACCAGGAGGACGAACUGGCCGAUGUGAGAGCAGACAAAGAGAGGAUGCAGAGAGCCCGAGAACGCAGAGCCGGGGAUGUCAGGGGAGGCGAGAUGCCCCCUGGAGACUCCUCCGAAGAGAAGGCCGACAAGAAGAAAUCAAAGCACAAGAAGAAAAAACGAAAAGACUGGAAGGUGGAAGGGCAGAAGGAGGUUGCCGUUAUCUUCAAGCACACCGGAGCCGAUCCAGACCCCAGUGUGAGGCGGACUUUUUGCCGCAGAGCCGCCCGUCUGGCUCACAAGAAGAGCAAGGGCGUAUCAGGGAGCAGCAGCUCCAGCAGCAGCGGCUCGUCCAGCCCGACCCGGGGCGACGCGAGUUUGUUUGGAGCUGCAGGCCGAGUCCAGCUGAUCGGAAAGAAACUUCCCGGGACUUUGUCAGCGGCGGCCGUCGAGGAGAUAGGCGAGAACCUCGUGACCAGCGAGGGCGGGCUUUGGGAGGUAGGCGCAGGAGCCCUACCUCCUUUGUACCUGAGGUACUUCAAGAGCCAUCUCUCCUCCAAGAUGGCUCCCGCCAUGGCGAGAGAGGCGCACACAUUGUGCCAGGCAUUGGAUUUGAUGAUCCGAGGCCGCAUCGCCGAGAGCCUGGACCUUUGCUCUCAGCGAGUAAAGGCCUUAGAAAUGAUGGCGAACGGCUGCCAUUAUACGGUAGCACAACAACAAGAGUUGCUACCACGCGAGGGCAUUACCAUCUCCACGACGUCAGAGUUCCAGGAGGCCGCCCGAAGGGCGAGGGAAGAUGGGAAAGCCCGAGCAGAAGCUUCAAGGCCGUACGGCACUCGAGGAGCGGGCGCAGGGAGGAGCGACGAGUGGACAAAAGGCAGCGGCAAGAAAGGAGAUCGGAAGGGCAAAGCAGGAAAGGGCGACUACAAGAAGCCAGAGGGCGAGAAGGGAGACCCCAAGAAGGGGAAGGG